CGAAUUAACCCCUUCUCAAAGUGUGCUUACAACAACUACCACCACGAAACCGGACAGCAAUCGGUCUGCUAAACCGAAUGAAAUUACAGGUGAUGCAUCAUCCCCCGCACAAGUCGUCACGCAAGAUGUCCUCCUCACCAAGCCGGGCGUAUCUGAUAAUAACGUGUCAAUCCCCGCAGCUGGUGAAAGUAGUAGGAAAGAGGACGUUUGCUCACAAGAAUCUCAUCCUGGAGCUCGAGAUCGAGAUGCCACCGAAUGUGAGCAGGGCUUUUUAGUGGAGAACUCUGUGGAGAGGGGAAUUCUGUUAAAGAUAAAAAUGUUGGAACUGUCCUCGUUGAAAACGAAUAAUGUAGGCGAGGUAGAGAUCGACUCGUUGCGAAGGCAGUUAGAAGAGACGCAACUGGCGAUGGAACGCAUGAUCACGUCCAUGGGAUCCGAUCGCCUCGCUAUGUUGGCCAAAGUCCUUAAAGCUCAGGGGGUGGACUUAGAACAACCCAAAGGCUCAAUUAAGGAGGAAAAUAAAAAAUCCGAAGAGAAAGCAAAGUUGGAGCCGGAACGAAAAUCUUCCGUGAAACGACAUCCCAGUGCAGAGAAAGAGGUGACGUUCCAACUUCCGGAGGCCAAGAAACCGGAAGUGGAGGAUGACGAAGAGGAAGAAGAAGUUGAGGAGGAGGAGGAGGAAGAAGAGGAACCCGUACGACCCCCAACGCCGCCGAGACACGGCGGUUCGAAAAAGUCGAAACAUAGUGCGGCUGCUGCAAUCGCGUUGGCUAAACAGGCCUCCUCCCCACAAUCUCAACAACACCGAGAAAUCCUCUCAGUCCUCGGGAUCGAAGAAACGGCGGAGAUGGAGUCUGGCGAAAAGUGGGACGAUCGAACGCCAACGCCCACCUUCCGAAUGGCGACGCCUCCCGUGCCCCACCGGGCGCCAUCUCCUCCGGAGGAUAUCCCCUCCAUUUUUCUAGAGGGACCACUCCCCAUGGCGGGACAGCAACUAAUGGUCUCAGACUCCCAGGUGGAAAUGGAAGGGGGAGAUUAUGGCGAUGACUAUGAGAAUAACACGGCGCCAAUAAUCCUAUCUGGGAAGGUAACCCUUUCAGUGAUUUCUGGUGGGGGAGGUGCCCCCGACGAGAUUACGGAUGCCUCCUCCCUCUCGUAUGAUGACAAAGGGAAGAAUAAAAACAAAACGGCAAUAAAGGCAGAAAAGGGGCUCAGCAACGCGAGGAAAACGCCUGCCUCGACUAGUCAUAAGGAGUACGAAGACAUAAAGAAAGGUUUCAAAAAUGACGAGGACAGCGAUGAUGUUGAUCUUACGACAUAUUUAACGGCCGAAGCGGACAACGACGGGCAGAACAAUAAGGAGGACACGGAAGGUGACAUUUCCGUCAUGGGUAAAAUUGAAGAACUUCCCAAAGACGAAGAGUAAUAACUGAUGACGAUCAAAGAUUUUGUAAAAUGACUUCAACAAUCAACCUGAAAUUACUCUUAACAACAAAGGUGGCGAUACAUAAUAUUUAUCUACAGCUAUAACACAGCUAAUCAUCGACUCUUCCUCUUAUGUGUUAGAUAAUGAUUAAUUAUGAGAUCACGUCUAUGCAUGUACUCUUAAUUUACCUGUGUAAUUAUUAUUAUUGGAGGAAUAAAAUUGUCCUUGACUAGUCAA